UGGAAUAAACAAUAGAAGUGGUAAACUCAGAGGUAUGUGAAUUCAAAGAAUAUUUAUUCACUGGUAAAUGUAAGGACAGUUCUUUAUAGCAAGUUAAUAUUUGAAAAUGUGCAUCAUUUUAAGCAGAGUCUCACUAUCCUGGUGGAGAAACAAUUAUGGAUAUGCUGCUCACUGACUAGCAUGAACCAGAUGUACUGACUUAAUUGGAUGACUUUGUGUUAAGGGAAUUCGAAUUAUUUAAUAUGAGAUCAAACAACUGAAAACUGGAGUCUUCAGGACGGACACACGGAGACCAGAAAUUAAACCAAAUCCUUUCUGUUUGUACAGCACUGAUUAGUCAGGGAGUGUGAGGAGGUAAAAAAGAAAACUUUGUUUGCAGCUAAUGGGAUUAAAGAAAGAGGCUGACAUCACAAAACAUUUCACUGUUAUUAAAGCAACAGCUGUUGCAGUUGCCAUUAGAGGGAAAAGUUAGACAGUUUUUGGAGAUGUGCUUCCUCGAUCAGAAGGACCUGAUGUAUUAUAUGUGGCUAAUACAGAGCUUGUUUUGGCGGGAAAUGUCUACAAAGAUUCUAUUGAGAAUAUUAAGAAGUCAUGCGGUCCUGCUGGUCUGGAUGCUAGGUAUAUUGUGCCUGGUUUCCUUUGCUAAUGGAUUCUCUCAUGGUGCAAGUACAUCUGCUUGUACUGACAUGAAACCAAAGCACAUCGGUGCUCAUCCACAGGAUUCAAGCAGCAAAUUUAUCACAGUGUACACCGACAAGACUACAUACCUCCCUGUGGAAAAAGUACAAGUGACUAUAAGGAGUACACGAGACUUCAUGGGCUUCUUGAUGCAGGCUCGCCGAGUGGUUGAUGAUCAAGUGGCUGGAACAUUCAUUCUCAUUUCCUCUGGAUCUAAACUACUGAAGUGCUCUGAAUAUGGGGACACCGUGACCCACUCAGACAAAUCACUGAAGAGAAACCUCUCCUUCAUUUGGAAAGCACCAGGGCAAUUCACGGGCGACAUCAAGUUUUUUGUUUCAGCUGUCCAGUCAUACUUCAUUUACUGGGGCAGGAUUGAGUCUGGUCUCAUUUCUGACCAAAAACAGAAUUAUUCCAUUGCAAUGCAGAAUGAAGAAUCGAAGGAAAUAUUCCAGGCAUCUGCAUAUAAUAGCACUACAGCCAGAACUGCUCUUUCUAUUGAAGCAGAUUACAUCAAUCCUCAAGCAACUUCUCAGACGACACAGGAACUUUCACAAAUUCCAUUCUUCACUACAGAAUGGACCCUCAGACCACAGACUGCUCAUUUGGAAAAACACUUGCCUGAAUUGUCCAAAUAUUCUCAAGAUUACAGCCCUUUGAUCUCACAAUCCACCUUGCAUCAGAAUCAAAAUGAGAGGCAUCUGCAGCCGUCCCUGAAUUCUGCUAACAGAGAUAUACUGACUGGUAUCCAGAUUCCGGAUAGCAGCCUUCUGCUGAAAACCACAGACUUCAAGAUUCAUGAAGGUGAAGAUACUCUGAAUAGUGAUUUCCAUCUAACCUUUCAACCUUGCAUGAAUUGCAAUGAUAUUGUGCAUGUCAGCACCUGGGCCACUUCUGGACAACAAUAUUCUACCUUUAGGUUUUCUGACAUCACUCCUCGUGAGGAAAUGGAUUGGGCACCUAUGGAUAAAGACGGUACCAAAAACCCAAGAACUAAAGCCAUUCUAGACUUUGGAUUAUUUUCAAAUGUAAUGAACAUACAUCCAACGAUCACUAAAAACCAGCCGACACCACAUCAUGCUUCUGUAAACCUCAUGCAUUUGGUUAAAAACUCAGGUUCCAGAACUGAUUUGGGAAGAGUGGUCAGAAAUGUGUCCCUCGGUGUGACACAAACCACGCAGAAAGAAAGUGUAACAAGUCAAGAAGAUAACCCUGCUAAAGGAGCAAAACUGGGCGUUCCUCAAUUGACAAUGCUACUUGGCUGUUCUGCUGUACUUGGCAUGGCAUUAGCAGUAGGGUUACGUCAUUUUCUUUCCCAGUAUUGUCGAAAACAUACAGAGGUAUCCUUUGGCAACCCAGACAGCAGCAUCAUCAGUGUGGGAGAGAGUGGUGAGUUGGUGCAUGUCAGAAAGAUACGUGAAAAUAGCUUUGUACUUGUUCAGGCUGAAUACAAUGUGAUCACGCCAUCAAACACUGCUGGAAAGUAACUGUGUUGGCCUUUGUAAGGAUUUAUAAUUCAUUAUACAUCACAGAUUUAUUAGAAUGCACUGUUGUAUUACAUUGUGAACUCCAUUACUGUCUGCAUGAAUGAAGAGAGAUUUGCAAUUUUCGUAUGCUCAAUCCCAACAUGUCCUCUUGCAUGCACAGAUUGCAAAUACUCUUAUUUCACCCAUUUUUCAAUUCCACAUUUUCCCUAAUGCAAGGCCAGUGAAUAUCUUGAAAUGUAUUCAAACUCAAAGUCAACAUUUAAGCCAGCCUGUUGGCUGAAAGAGUGCAUAUAUAAAGGCAGCCUAGGUUGCAACAGGGGUUCAGGGAGAUGAAGGUGCAGAGGAAUAUUAAUGCUUUUUAAAGUCUCUCCACUGAUCCAGUAAUCUUCCAAAUAGUUCCAUUUGUAUUUGUAGUGAUUUGUAUUAGAGUGCAGACUCUCGUUGAGGGGUUAGGGAUCUUCUUUGCUGCUGGAGAGUGGCAAGAGAUCCAUGUUACCUCUUUUCAGGAAGGCCCACUUGAGUGAGCCAAUCAGACAGCAUCAAGGCUUGUGAUGGGCCUUUCACUAGAAUUGGGAUCCAAUGGUGAGGCUGCUCCCGGAACAAUUGGCACCAAAAUCCCCAGAAUUGAGAAGUGAACCAGGCCAAAGCUAACUGAUGUUAGGAAGGGUUUUGCAGGGAGGUGGGAGGAGUGGUCAGGAGAAAGGACAGGGUGUUGUCUCUCAGUCAAAUCACACACAUCCCCAUAUCCUGAUGUCAUGCCUUGGUGAAGUGCUGCACACCUUUGAUUGAGAGACCCAGCCCUCUGUUCACCCCUGGAGAUGACAAGCUGGUCACACCAUUUUACCUGUCAUGCACAUUGCAUAUCAACAGGCCUGUAUGCAGCUAAGUUAAAACAAGUGACUUUACAUAGUCAUUAAUUUUCCACAAAAGGCCACAAUUGUCAGUUGGUCAGGAAGUCUGACUAUCGGUUUUCUGGCCCCUGACUUAAUUCUGGUAGAGGCCAAAGAAUGUGGGGUUCAGGUACAACAUUAUUCCACCUAAGUAAAUACCCUUCCAAUUUUCAAGUUUGCCAUGAGUGAGGACAAAAAGAUUCUGCCUGUGGAUACAUCUUCAGUAGUUACCGAUCUGCUGUUUAUUGUUAACUGGCACAAUCCUGUCACUAUUGUUAUGCGUGUUAGAUUCCCAACAAAUAACACUUCCCAUGUAAUCAUGCUUGAAGAGGCAUCGUCACCUUCAAAUCAGCAGCAAAAAGGUGGGGUUACUAUUUUUUGAUAUCAAAAACAAAGUUCUGCCACUUUUCACCUGAAAACAAGGGCUUCCAUCAGCAAAUGAAGGGUAGAUUUACGAUUAGCAAACAUGAUCUAAAAACUUUUCUUCAACUCUUAAAAUUAGUUUUGAAUUUUCCUGUCGUGGUUCUGUUUGGAAGAUUUUUUUGUAACCUCUGAUAAAUGGAUUUUGCUUUUAAAUGUGAAUUAAAAUGUGAACAUUUCUGGUGUAAUUUGCAAAGUAAGGCCCAUACACAAUGCUCUACUGGUUGAUGGGUAAGCACAAUGAAUUUCUACUACAGUUCUCAAAAGCAGCGGAAACUGAUUUCAGAAGACCUCACCAGUGAAUCCUGUUACCAUUCAAUAUUACCUGUAACCACGAAACAAGCCCUAAACCGUGUCUAUAUACCAUUUUACAGUGUAUGAAAGUAUUUAAAAAUGACCAAGACUGUAUCAGUUUUAUGCUGAUGUGAAGCAGCUGGGUGUGAAUUGAAGUAGUAGUAGCUUAUGGUAUUAGCUUAAGCAAAUCCAGUAGUGUGUAAGUUAGUAUAAUUUUACAUCAAGACUAGCUUCUGUUUCAUGAGGUGUGCAAUUUAAAGGUGCAGCUAUUUUCCGAUUCCUAAAUCAUAAACUUAUACAUCGUAUUAACAUUGUUUUCAUGCAAUUGUUCAAAUGAUUACUUGAUGCCUAGACAGGAAGUUACAUCUUAAGUAUGAUUUAACUUGUUCAUUACUCUGGAUGUGAGUUUGCUCACUGAGCUGAAAGGUUA